AUGAAACCCACCCACAAACCUCAAGUCUCAAUGGGUCAUGGGUUCCUAGUGGGAGGUCUCGGGCCACUGGCAGAACUACUGACGUGUACGAGGUCCGCGGAUGCGGAGCGACCGGUGAAUCCAACGGGGAAUCGGCGAGAACGAAUCGUACGGACAGAAAGCGAUGAACUGCCCCGGCUACUGCCUCCUAUCAAGCUGCAAAAUCAUUCCUAUCAAGAAGUCCCCAUCCAGUAUGCCGAUUUCAGUCCCCUCCGUCGAAACGAAUUCUCGGGUUCCCUGAGCGGGUUGACCCGGGUGCGUCGAUUCCACCAGGACGACGAGCAUAUCCUCUGCCGACCGCAGCAGAUCAAGGGAGAGAUCGCGUCGAUGCUGUGGUUUGUUGCUCUGGUGAUAACGACCUUUGGACUGGGUCCCUACCGACUGGUGCUCUCUAGGAAACUGGAGAUGGAUUUCAUCGGGAGCUUGGACCUGUUGAAUAGCGCCGAGGCUUAA